CUCACUUUUCCAUUUGACUUGCUCAGCACCAACCUCAUCAUGGCUGCCACCCCCAACGACCACAAAACCAUGAAGCUUGUCGGGUACGAGAACUUCGUGCGCCACAACCCCAAGUCGGACCGCUUUGCCAUGCACAAGUUCCACCACGUUGAGUUCUACACCCAGGACGCGACCAACGUGUCCAAGCGCUUCGGCUGGGCAGCCGGCUUGAAGCUCGUCUCCAAGUCUGAUCAGAGCACGGGCAACCACGCUUACGCCAGUUACGUGAUGCAAUCGGGCGACCUGCAGAUCGUCAUCACGGCGCCGUACUCGCGCCAACAGCAAAAGGCCGACAACAUCGCCCCCAACCAAGGGUUUGACAACGCGUACGCCCACGAAUUCUGCGCCAAGCACGGGCUGGCCGUCCGCGCGAUGGCCAUUUCGGUCGAUGACGCCACGGUUGCGUACGAAACCGCAGUCAAGAACGGCGCGGUGGGUGUCACCAGCCCCAAGACGUCCACCGAUGCCGCGACCGGCGAAUUCCAAGUGCUGUCGGAAGUUAAGCUGUACGGCGACGUGGUGCUUCGCUUUAUCUCGGGCAACUACACCGGUCGCUUCCUCCCUGGCUACCAAAACGUGGAAGGCCCGGAUGUGAGCAUUGGCCUCCAGCGCCUCGACCACGCCGUGGGCAACGUGCCCAACCUCAUGGAAGCCGUCAACGACAUCUGUGGGUUCACUGGCUGGCACGAGUUUGCCGAGUUCACCACGGACGACGUCGGCACGGUCGACUCGGGACUCAACUCGAUGGUGCUGGCCAACAACACAGAGACCAUCCUGUUGCCUAUGAAUGAGCCUACGUUUGGCACCAAGCGCAAGUCGCAGAUCCAGACGUUCUUGGAGCAAAACGAAGGCGCGGGGCUCCAGCACAUGGCACUCAAGACCGAUGACAUCUUCCACACCAUGUCUGAGAUGCGCAAGCGUACGCACUUGGGCGGGUUUGACUUUAUGCCCAAGCCGUCUGCCGCGUACUACAAGAACCUCCCGGCGAAGAUUGGCGACGUGUUCACGGCGGCGCAGUACGAGAAGAUCGAGCAGCUCGGUCUGUUGGUGGACAAGGACGACCAAGGCAUUUUGCUGCAGAUCUUCACCAAGCCAUUGGGCGACCGCCCCACGUGCUUUUUCGAAAUCAUCGAACGAGUCGGAUGCAUGGAAGAGAUCGGUGGGCGAUUGGAACAAGCCGCGGGCUGCGGCGGGUUUGGCAAGGGCAAUUUCUCGGAACUGUUCAAGUCCAUUGAAGACUACGAGCGCACGUUGGACGUCUAAGUUGAAGAAGUCUCCCAGUUUUGUAUUAUUAUAUGAACCAUCAAUACUAUUUUGCUAAGCUUAAACGUAUCGCGAUGAUUGUUUGGCCA